AUGUCGGAUGAUGAUGAUUAUUAUGAUGAAUCCGACGAGGAAAUUUUCUGGAUCAUAGAGCCUGAACCUGAAAUUGCUGACGAACUAGCCGAAAACCCAACUGCCGACCCCGUCUUUUUCGAUGAAGACUACUUUGACAUGGAGAUACAAGAGUACUACAGCGACUGGGACGAGAUGGUAGAUGACUACUACGAUGCAGAUCCGACGGCCGAGCGAUUACAAAGUGUGAUAGCCGAAUGGCCGAAGAAGAACCCCAUUAACGCACCCGCUCUUCCCUCAAAGCGACAAACACAGCAACAUACGAAGUCGGAGUCGUGUUCAAAGAAAAUCCCCUCAAACGGCCCCCAGAUAAACAAGGCUUCAUUUCACGGCGUAGUCUGGCGCACCCCGAGCGAUGAGCGCAGUCUCAACGAGUUGUAUGAGCCUGGCGACGGGGAGAAAGUGGCUUUGCUGAAGAAUUGGCGUGAGGUCUUCCGCACGUCACACCCUGCUAUCGACCGGACGCGCAGUCGGAAGGGUGCUUCUCUCAAGCCAAAUGAAGACACUGGACAUGGUCGUGCACGUGCGGUGGACGAGGCGCUGCACAAUGCUGGGUCGAGGGAUUUUAGUGUUGAUUCGGACUAUGUGGUAGUGGACCGGUUGAUGGACGGUGAGAUCAAUACUGCUCUGUCUAAGGCUUGUUCUCCGCCGCCAGUGCAUAGAAGCCGGGUGAUUGAGUCGGCGGUCGAUCUGCCGGUGAAUUCGAAGAUGAUGGAGCAUGAGUAUCCGUUCGACACGCAUGAAUCGUACAGUGAGACCCUGGAGUUGGAGGCGCGUUCUCCGGUAGGGUCACCUAAGGCAAAGCCAUCGUUGGGGGGAAGCAGAAAACGUAAAGCGUCCGUUUCUCUCGAUGUAGAGGUGGCGGUCGACCGGACCGGACCAGACACAUCCCUUGGGUCGAGAUCCAAGCGAGUCGCAAUGAAGAAAACAGAGGAAGCCACGGGAAAUACAACAGCGUCAACGGAGCCUGUACGGAGGUCCGUGAGAAGCCGGAGCAAGAAGUAG